ACUUUUUUUUUGAAUUUGUGUGACCAAAUAAGUGGAUAAUUGUGAAAAUUGCUAUAUUGUGUAUCACCUUUACUGAGAAAACAAUGAGAUUUUAUUACUAUGUGGUAUGAGAAGGGAUGAUCACAAAAAAAUUUUAAUGAAGAGUAUACGGGAAUGUAUAAUACCUUGUGUUGUUGUUUUUAUGUUGCUGGUUUUUUUUAGGGUUUUUUAUCAGUUUGUUUCCUUGUGUGAGUGCUGAACAGGAACUUUCUUAAACCAAAAUCAUUUGUUUUAAUAGGUUUUUUUUAUUUUUAACCGAGUUCUAUGGGAAUAAUAAUUUUCCAUAUUUUAUUUUUUUGGAAUACAUUUCUUUAUCAGUUUUAAUAUACCACCAGCAAGCUUUUUUAAAGACAAACAAAAAUAGCUUUCUGUUAAAAGAUAACCACAAUUUGUAUUGAAGGUUAAGAAAUUGAAUUGUUCAGGUUAGUUGUAGUGUGAUUUUCCUUGAAGGAGAGCACAAAUUCUGCCUUAAUUUGAAAAUUACAAUUUCCAGCUUCGGCCAAAGUUUAUGUAAUUCUCUUAAUAUACUUAAUGUACAAAGUUUUAUUGUUGAGUUGAUUACCCAACUUGCAAGACAGAAGAAAGAAAAGAAACAACAAUAAAUUGAUGUAGACUUGUUCAUGGUGGUUUUGGUGUGUUCGCUUUAUCAUGUGUGAUGUAACAAAGCAAAAUUUUGAGCAAUUGUUUCCAGCUAUCAAAGAAGCCAUACAAAAUGCUUCGUUUGUUGCUAUUGACAGUGAAUUUACUGGACUCUCAACAAGCAUACUUUAUGAACCAACAUUGUUUGAUACAGCUGAAUCGAGAUAUGAAAAGUUAAAAAAAAGUCUGGCACAAUUUACAAUUUGUCAGUUUGGCAUAUCAGCUUUUGUUUCUGAUGGAACUGGGAAAAACAGAUAUUCUGCACACACAUAUAAUUUCUUUAUUUGUCCACAAUCGUUUGGACCGAUUAAUCCAAGGUUUUCUUGCCAGGCAUCAGCAAUUGAAUUUUUGACUUUACAUAACUUCGACUUUAAUAAGUUUAUGAGAGAUGGAAUAUCAUUUAUUAAUAAAGAUCAGGAAAAGUCGCUGCGAAGUUAUCACCAGCAGAAUUCAAUCCAACAACAUAUUUCUUCAAUAUUUGUAAAACAAUUGGACGAAGCCUACAUUACUCCAGCAAUAUCAAAACUGGAUGAUUUUGUAAAAUCUGGUUUAAAGAAUGAUGCACUUGAAUUGGAUUUUAUACCACCAGGUGUUGCACAAUACUUGUUUUUUAAAACUGUGGAGAAGAGAUUCAGCAAUAUAUCAUGCUCUUUAGAAAGCAAUGGUGUGAUUGUAGUGAAAAAAGUUUUAAAUCCUGAUCAGAAAAUAGAUUUCAGCCAAGAAUAUGAAAAGAUAAUAAUGAAUAUAGUUGGCUUCUCAAAAGUGCUACAAUUACUAUCUCAAUGUAAAAAGCCUAUCAUUGGACACAAUAUGUUAUCAGACUUAUUACUGUUAUAUGGAAAGUUCUUUCAAAACCUUCCAGAUUCAUACAAUCUGUUUAAAAAGAGUAUCAACCAGAUCCUACCAUGCGUAUACGAUACUAAACAUAUGGCAUUCGUGAUGAGGAAGGAUUAUAAAGACGUGAAUUUUUUUGAAAUGACUGGUUUAGAAGAGUUAUAUAAAGUUUUUUCCAGUCCUGCAGCAAUGUUUUACAAAUUGGAUACACCCGUCAUUGUACAUGCUGAUGGCUGCAAUAAAUAUGAUUGUAAAAAAUGUGCUCACGAAGCUGGUUACGAUGCAUUUCUCACAGGAUAUGUAUUUAUACGAUUAACGCACCUAAUGGCCAGCAAAAACGUCAGCUCAACUGACAGUCGUCCGUUUGAAUUUCACGAACAUUUAUCAGCAGUGAAACACUUUUGUAAUUGUGUAAACAUAGCCAGAGCAGCUGUGAAAUACAUAAACCUCAAUGGAGAAGAUCCUCCUUCAACCCUUCCGGAAAGAUUUAUUGUUGAAGUAAAAGACGGAAGAAAACUUAUAUCUGCGGCUCAGGUUGCUCAAGAUUUCUUACCCUUCGGUUCAGUGGAUGUGAAAUUAUUAAGUCAAAGUCAGGCCCUUGUAGCUGUUUCCAACCGAAGAAGAGCUCGUGACGUCAUUAAAGCGUUUCAACGGAACCGAUUUUAUAAAGUAUCAAAAUAUAAAUGGUGGCUACAUUCAAAUGAAAUGCGCUCCAUGAUGUGGUAUGGCGGUUUGGCCACGUCUGGUGUACUACUAUGUGGCCUAACAAUCUUCAUCCUGCAACGUAAAUCUCCUUGAAAACAGUCUGUUUAAAAUAUUCGAGCGCAUGUUGAUCAACGUUCGCUGUGUUUUUCAAGGAAAAGCAAUUUACGUCAUUUGGAUUAAUUAAGUGGCGUGAUGCUCAUGUGGAGAGUUAUGUAGUUUGGAAUCAAAUAAACAUCGGAGUACGUUGGGUUUGGUUCUGCAAACCUCUACUGUAAACAACAAUGUCAGAUAAGCAUACGUCAAAAAUACAGGAUAUGCGA